CAUUCUUUUAUUCAGAAAUUCUACACAUUUUGUUUUGUUUGGGUUGUAAUAGUCGUUUAACCUAACCUCUUUGAACUGAACAGCAUAACAAAAAUAUAUUAAAUUAAAUGUACGUAGAGAAAAAGAAGUUAUCGCAUGUGAUAUUAUAAUUUUAUAUAAAGUGGUUCUUAAUUCAUUAUUAUCUAACUCUUACUCGCAGAACAUUCAUUGUUUAUACUUUUGUGAUUCGUUUUCGUGUAAAGUUUUAAACAUUUAGUGGGUAUUUGCGAUCAAGAUGUUCAACCAGAUGUCGAACACAUCCAACAAUCCCAACAACGACCUGGAGGUGGUGUCUCCGCCGGACGACACGGUGUCCGCGCUGGAGUUCUCGCCGGCGUCCGUGCCGCAGACGUUCCUCAUCGCCGGCAGCUGGGAUUGCCGAGCGCGAUGUUGGGAAGUAGAGCAGUCAGGCAAGACCGUUCCCAAGGCGGCACAGAGCAUGGACGGACCCAUCCUGGACGUCGCCUGGCAUGAUGACGGCACAAAAGUGUUUAUGGCGUCCACAGACAAGAGUGUGAAGUGCUGGGAUCUGGCUGCCAACCAGACUAUGCAGGUAGCAGCUCACGAAGCGCCCGUGAAGACGUGCCACUGGAUCAAGGCGCCCAACUACACCUGCCUCAUGACUGCUUCCUGGGACAAAACACUCAAGUUCUGGGACACCCGCAGCAAUGUCCCCAUGAUGACGAUGAAUUUAUCAGAACGCUGCUACUGUGCCGACGUCGACUACCCGAUGGCGGUGGUGGGCACGGCGGACCGCGGCAUCUGCCUGUACACGCUGGAGGGCAAGCCGGCCGAGUUCAAGCGCGUGGAGGCGCCGCUCAAGCACCAGCACCGCUGCAUCGCCAUCUUCAAGGACAAGAAGACUAAGCAGCCGACGGGGUUCGCGCUGGGCUCGGUGGAGGGCCGCGUGGCGAUCCAGUACGUGAACCCCAUCAACCCCAAGGACAACUUCACCUUCAAGUGCCAUCGCUCGCAGGGCACCACCAGCGGGUACCAGGACAUCUACGCAGUGAACGACAUAGCGUUCCACCCGGUGCACGGCACGCUGGCCACGGUGGGCUCGGACGGCUCGUUCUCGUUCUGGGACAAGGACGCGCGCACCAAGCUCAAGUCCUCCGAGCUGCUGGACCAGCCGCUCACCAAGUGCGCCUUCAACCACAGCGGGCAGAUCUUCGCGUACGCCGUCGGCUACGACUGGUCCAAGGGUCAUGAGCACUUCAACCCGGCCAAGAAGAACUACAUCUUCAUUCGGCCAUGCUUUGACGACCUGAAGCCACGCUCCACAUAAAUGUUCGGGCGGGAACGAAUACAAACCAAAAGGAUCGCUGUGUCUUGACUGUGUUGUUAUAACUGUUAAUAAGUUUAAUGUGAAGUAUUGGAUGCUCUUGUAAAGACUUGAUGUUGAUUAAAAAUAUUGAAAGUCA